ACGAGAGCCUCUCCGCCCAGGGGGUGUACCGAGACUUCAGAGCUGGUUCCCGGAGUCAGCGGUGGCCACUCUUCGCCCCGUUGUGCAGUAGCCCUCCAGCCGUCCGUCUCCUCCUGUGUACGUCCCCCAGCUACCCCGGGUUCCUACAGCCCCACGUACGGGGGCCCGUGCGUGACCCGCUUUAUCACAGGGAGUCCGAGGCCCCGGCGGCCGCGCUCCUCCAGACUGACCUCGCUGCACGUCCUUCUCUCAGCCAGGUCCGUGAAACGGCCAUGCAGGCCUUCCUCAAAGGCCCGGCCUCCAUCAGUACCAAGCCGCCACCCACGAAGGACCGAGGCCCCUCGGCCCCCGCGGGCGGCAGCGCAGAGAGCCGCCGCGCCAAGCCCGUGCCGUGGGUGGAGAAAUACCGUCCCAAAUGUGUGGAUGAAGUUGCUUUUCAGGAAGAAGUAGUUGCAGUGUUAAAGAAAUCCUUAGAAGGAGCUGAUCUCCCCAACCUUUUGUUCUAUGGCCCACCUGGAACUGGAAAAACCUCCACCAUUCUGGCAGCUGCAAGGGAGCUGUAUGGACCCGAACUUUUCCGACAAAGAGUUCUUGAAUUAAAUGCAUCAGAUGAACGUGGAAUACAAGUUAUUCGGGAGAAAGUCAAGACAUUUGCUCAACUAACUGUGGCAGGAAGUCGUUCAGAUGGGAAGCCAUGUCCUCCCUUUAAGAUUGUAAUACUGGAUGAAGCUGACUCCAUGACCUCUGCAGCCCAAGCGGCUUUAAGACGUACGAUGGAGAAGGAGUCCAAAACAACUCGAUUCUGCCUCAUCUGCAAUUAUGUUAGUCGGAUAAUUGAGCCCUUAACUUCCCGAUGUUCCAAAUUCCGCUUCAAGCCUUUGUCAGAUAAAGUUCAACACCAGAGAUUACUAGACAUUUCUGAGAAAGAAAAUGUGAAAAUCAAUAAUGAGGGAAUAGCUUACCUUGUGAAAGUGUCAGAAGGAGACUUACGAAAAGCCAUCACAUUUCUUCAAAGUGCCACUCGAUUGACAGGUGGGCAAGAAGUCACAGAGAAGGUGAUCACAGAGAUUGCCGGGGUGGUACCCACAGGAACAAUUACUGGUAUAUUCUCCGCCUGCCAGAGUGGUUCUUUUGAAAAAUUGGAAGCCCUUGUAAAGGAUUUAAUUGAUGAGGGCCACGCAGCAACUCAACUUAUAAACCAACUUCAUGAUGUGGUAGUAGAAAAAGAUGACCUCACUGACAAACAGAAGUCCAUUAUCACAGAGAAACUUGCGGAAGUAGAUAAGUGCCUGGCUGAUGGUGCUGAUGAACAUUUACAGUUAAUCAGUCUCUGUGCUACAGUGAUGCAGCAAUUAACUCAAAAUGUGAAUUGAAAAAAAAACCUUUGUACAUUUUUAUGACAAUAAAAUUUGGAUGAAUGAA